CUGGCGGUUGUCCUAUGACCACGCCUAAAAGGCUUGGCAAAAUACAUUAUUUAGUUUCUAUGCGUAACGAGUCGACUAAACAGCAACAAACAUGGACUACGCGAAACAGGUUGAGCACAUUGUAUCCACUGCUCAUUUUGGAGAUUUGAUUGAGUUCACUUAUCCCAUUGGCUACGCACACUGGGGCGUGUACGACGGGGAUGGAUACGUUAUUCACUUCGCUGUUGCUGAUGAAACUCAGAUCCAGAGUACAUUUCGGGGCUACCUCCAGGCAAUUUUUCCUGUCUGUGGUGAUCUUUUGCUUGGAGAGACUAAGAUACGUCGCCAGCUCCUGGCUGAGGUUAAUGUACCUAAAGGAGCUCAAGUUUCAGUGAGCAAUAACCAUCACACUUUCACAUCUUCACCUGAGGAGGACAUGAGACGGCGACGAGAUGCUCUACUGGAUAAAGAAUUUACCUACAAGCUUUUUACAUGUAACUGUGAACACUUUGCCACAUUUAUCCGGUUCGGAAAAGCUGUGUGCAAUCAGAUUCCAGGGAAGAGCAAAAACAAGGAAUGUGUGGAGGCUACUGAACAGUUUGGCUACCUUGUUCCUUCAUCUUAAUCUAUGCUAAGAAUGACGUAUAUCACAAAAAAAUAUUGCAUUAUUUCACUAAAUACAGGCUACAUGUAAUAAUGUUCUUGUGAUAAACCAUAUGUGCAGGUUUGUAGUUAUGUAAAGAUUUAAGUUUAAUGUCAGGUUCACGUCUUGUGCUGUGUAUGAAAAAUGUACAAAGAACUGCUGUAAAUGUGUUAAACAGUCUGAUGUUUGUAAAAUGAUUGAAUCUACCCUUACAAUCUACACACACACACACACACACACACACACCCACGCACAAAAUAAGACAAAUAUUAUAAUCACUUGAAUGAAAUCUCUCUGUUAACAUUAGUAAUGCACAAUGAAUUAACACGAGCAAAUAAUAUCAACUGCAUUUUUAAUAACCAACAUUAACUCAUGAAGUCUAAGAAUAAUAGAUAAAAUAUUGUUAAUUGUUGGCUCAUGUUAGAUAAUGCAUUAACUAAUGUAAUUUAAUCUCAUAGUAAUUUGUUAUAAUUGUACUUGCCCCAUAACUAGUACUGUAUUUUGGCAGUAACAUGGUUACCAUAGUAACAUACAUAAGGGAUAGGGUCAAUGUUCUGUCAUUCAUAAUUUCUUUCCAAAUAAACAUUUCUACUUUA